AAAAGGCCACCCCUUGAAAGUGAACUCUUCCGAACCCUCCCGCCUGUGUUCGUGAUUUGGACUGUUCCUAAUCUUUCCGCGGAGUGAGAACCAAGACAUUAUAGAGGCUGGAUGUGUUGAUAUGUUUAUAGUUAAUAUUUCAUAGUUAAAUUAGUUAGAAGUGGCCCGUUUAAGGAUUGUGUGGAUAUAUGUGUGCGUGCAAAUAAUCAACCACACACAUCUUUGCACAAUAAAUCACCCUGAAGUACAUUCCUGGUGUGAGACCUAAUGUUCUGACCGGACACCCUGUAGCCGUUCUAUAAAUCCGAACCUGAGUUAGACAAGAGUAGUCAGCAGUUUUUUCAUGGUCCUUCGAGCCGGAUUUGUGGAUUGCUACAGACAUGUCUCAACCAGAAAGAGAAGCCCCUGCUGUGCGGCCGAGGAGACGAGUUAACCCUCCAGCCUACUUAGAAGACUUUGAGCUCAGUGGACCUGGGUCUCAUCAACAGCAAUCACGGUCACUUACCUGCCAGGGAGUACUGGAGAAUGAACCAAGUGUUACAGGUCAUUCUAGAUCCACUUCACCAGUGAGCCAAGCAUCAGAACAUUCUGAGUGGAUACUGACUGACCAAUGGGACUACACUUCUGAGAAGCUGAGAGAGGAGAAUGCAGCAUUGCAAAGGCAAGUGAAACAGCUGCCAGAGCUUACAGCCAUGUUAGAGAAGAUGAAGAGGGAGAACGCAGCCUUGCAACGACAAUCCAGCCAACUCCCUGAGAUCAUUUCAGCAUUCCAAGAGAUGCGUCAACAGAAUGCUGCGUUAUGGCAUGAGCUUCAAAGCUUGAAAUCGAAGCAGAGCUCUCCACCCGAGUCGGUCACUCCACAAAUGCCAUCACCACGCUCUCACUCUCCAGCAGUUAACUUUCAGACUCCACAGCCAUACCGCCCAAUACCAGCUCCACGCUCUAGGUUGCCACCAUCUGCCACUAAGAGACUGCCACACCCAGCUGUGCCAGAGGAAAGCUCAGAGUUUACUGAAGAUCUGAGAAACAUGAACAUUUCUUCCUCCCCUCGUGAGAGACCCUCCUUUACAGCACAUUAUAGUGACUCAGCUCAGUUCAGGUAUCCCAACACUUCCCCAUAUUCCCAGCCACCUCAGCUGCCUGAGUCCGUGGUCCCAUCACAGGAAAGGAGGAGGUCAGCCCAUGCAGAAUACAGCUCAGAUCAUGUCUUACCCUCAAGUACCCAAGAGAAAAUCUACAGAGGACCAGCCCCUACCAUCCCCUGCCUAACGUCUUCUGAUCCUAGGGAGUUUUCAAGACUGAGAAUUGCAUUAGAGAAUAUCCUGCCUGAAGAUGCCACCGAACGUUUCAAAUUUCAAAUCCUCACAGACCAUCUGAAACUGGAGGAGGCCCUCCUUGUGGCAGACUCUUACAGCAAUUCCAGAUUUCCCUUCACCAACACUAUGAAAGCUCUGGAUAAGAUGUAUGGUCAACCCCACCAAUUAGCACUGCAACGAAUCUCUGAGCUGAUGGAUGGAGCUAAUAUACGCAGUGGAGAUGUAAAGGCCUUCAGGAUGUUCGGACUGCAGGUGCGUUCGCUUGUCAGUAUGUUGCAGCAGCUUGGCCACAAAGGUACUGUAGAGCUGGAAUGUGGAUCACAUGUGUCUCGACUCCUGAGUAAACUGCCACAUGACCUCAGAUCAAGUUUCAAGCGGUACACCCACCCUUUGCAAGUCUCUAUUCCUACUUUGCUGGACUUCGCUGAUUGGUUGGAAUAUGAGCUUCAAGUACAGGAAGACAAUAGCCAGUACGCUUGUUAUACAAGGCAGGAAUCUUCAGUGCAUGGCAGAGAGGUGAGAAGAGAGUCUAAGCAGCUUCGCAGACCAACUACCAUUCUACUUGGUACCGACAAGUCAUAUUCAUCAUCAAUAUCGUCAGCCACGUCUAAACCAGCUUCAGUCAGAGAAGAGAAGGUGAGAGCUUAUUGUCCAUACUGUGAUAAUAAUAAACACUAUCUGAAUGGCUGUGACAACUUCAAGCUUCUUAGCAAAGACCUGAAAAUAGACUGGAUAAAGACAAAGAACCGAUGCUGGCGUUGUGGUCGUGGACAUCAAGCAGCUAACUGCACACUAAAGACUUUCUGCCCAACCUGCAACAAGAAGCACCUUAUGGUACUACAUGAUGUCAAUGACCAAGUCAAGCCAUCUCAGCCAAGUGCAGCUCCUUCCAGUGCAGUUUUAUAUGUUGACAGACCAACCUCCGGAAGUAAAGUACUGCUCAAAGUGACUAAGGUUCUGAUCAAGAAUGGCAACGUGGCAAUGGAAGCUUACGCCAUAUUAGAUGAUGGAUCUGAGCGGACCAUCAUUCUGCAUGAUGCAGUGCAGAAAUUAAGACUCGUGGGGGAGCCAGAGGACCUUGUACUUCGUACAGUAAGACAGGAUACCCAGGUCAUUCACGGGGCGGCAGUGACUUUUACUGUGUCCCAAACUGUUAACCCCAGCAAAGCUUACAAGAUCCGUAAUGCCUUCACAGCCAAAGCACUCGGUCUGGCAGAACAUACACACCCAGUUAGUGUCCUGCAACAGAAAUUUAAGCAUCUUGCAGGGUUACCUCUACAACAGCUGGACAAGGUACAUCCUGUUCUUCUCAUUGGCUCUGAUUGCCCUCACCUCCUCACACCCAUAGAACCAGUCCGACUGGGGCCCCCUGGUGGGCCAGCAGCAGUAAGAACACGUCUGGGAUGGACACUGCAGGGUCCAACUGAAGAGUUGAGCAGUCAUCUUUCCCCUGACCAAUGCUUCUUCACCUCGCUGCGGCCUGUCAAUGAUCUUUAUGCAAAUGUGGAGAGACUGUGGCAAAUGGAUGUUCUACCCUACCAGAGUGAAAAGGUGAUUACCAGAUCACGCCAAGACAAAGAGUCCAUUCAGCUUCUGCAAGAAAACACAGUGAGAGUGGAUGUUAAUGGUAUCCAGCGAUACGCUACUCCUCUGCUCCGUGUCAAGAACAUGCCUCGCCUCUGUGCUCCAAAGGAAGCAGUCCUGCCACAGUUGAGAGGAAUCGAGAAACGGCUGGAAAGGGACCCUGUUCUAACUGCAGCAUACCAAGAGGAGCUGGCCAGGUUAGUGCAAGCUGGUUACGUUGUAAAACUUAGUCAGGAGCAAGUGGACAAGACAAAGGAAGCCUGGUACAUCCCGCACCACAUGGUGCAGCAUAAUGGGAAGAACAGGGUGGUUUUUAACUGUUCAUUCUCAUAUCAAGGACACAACCUGAACGAGCUACUGUUACCUGGACCAACACUUGGUCCAUCUCUCCUGGCAGUCCUUCUGCGUUUCCGGGAGCACUCUGUUGCCAUCAGUAGUGACAUCCGCGGCAUGUUCCAUCAGGUACGCCUCUUGCCACAAGAUAAACCUCUGCUGAGAUACAUCUGGAGAGACAUGCAAAGAGACAGAACCCCAGAUGUCUAUGAAUGGCAGGUACUGCCUUUCGGGACCACUUGCAGUCCGUGUUGUGCAUCGUUUGCUUUACAGAAGCAUGUUCUAGAUCACAGCCAGCCUGGAGAGGACACACAAGUUUCAGUGGAGAAGUCAUUCUAUGUGGACAAUUGCCUCCAGAGCUUCGCCUCCCGUGACAUGGCCAAGAAUCUGGUAGACAAACUCUGUAACCUUCUAGCAUCUGGUGGCUUUGAGUUACGACAGUGGGCAAGCAAUGACCCUUCAGUUAUCAGCCAUCUGCCAGCUGACAUUCAGUCACCGAGUAGCAUCCUCUGGCUCAGCGAAGGCCACCAAGAAGCUCAGGAAUCAACACUUGGCCUGCACUGGAAUUGCCAAUCAGAUACCCUCUCUUACAAACGACGCAAACCAGACAAUGAAGUGCCCACAAUGCGAAGCAUCUACCAGAUCCUUGCCAGCCAGUAUGAUCCCCUUGGCUAUAUUGUACCCUUCACCACUCGAGCCAAGGUGAUAGUGCAGAGGUUGUGGGACAAACAAAGGGAGUGGGAUGACCCCAGGCUGCCAGAGGACCUAUUAGACUCUUGGAAACACUGGGAGAGUGAAUUGGAAGAUCUGCAGAAUAUCAGUUUGCCCAGAUGUUACUGCAGCAAGGAACUAGACUGCUCUAGUAGUAUUAGGCAACUUCACAUCUUUUGUGAUGCCUCAGAGAAGGCGUAUGGAUCUGUGGCAUACUUAAGAACAGAGAACCCUCAAGGUAAAGUGGAGGUGGCCUUUGUAACAGCUAGGUCUCGUGUUGCUCCCAAGAAACAGCAGAGCAUCCCUCGUCUUGAGCUGUGUGCAGCACUCACAGGUGCACAGCUUGCUAAAGUCCUGAAGGCAGAGCUAACGUUACCACUCAGCAGUGUCACACUGUGGUCUGAUUCCACCACAGUGCUAAUUUGGCUUUUAUCAGAUUCCUGUCGCUUUAAGGUGUUUGUGGGGACCAGAGUGGCAGAAGUACAGGACUUGACUGAAUCUGACACCUGGCGUUACGUACAGUCAUCCGACAACCCAGCAGAUGCAAUUACAAGAGGAAAGUCUCCCUCUGAUCUCAACAAAGACAGCAGAUGGAACCAAGGCCCAGCAUUCCUCAGACAAAGACCAGACAGCUGGCCAGAAAUGCCACCACUAGCUCACAUAAGUGAAGACGGUGAGCUGAAAAGGUCAACUUUCUGUGGACUGUUAACCUCUGAUCUGUCACUGCCAGAUCCUCAUAAAUUUUGCACAUUCACAGACUACUUAAAAGCUCUUAUACAGCCAUCAUCAGAAAGCUCUCCCUUCAUUGCAACUGCAGAAAACUACAUAGAAGCUGAGCUCACAGCCCUCCGACAGAUCCAGGCAGAAUCAUUCCCAGAUGAGAUAUUGCACUUGAAAUCUGGUAAACCUCUACCAAGCAAUAGUCGACUGCUUUGCCUAGCCCCAGAACUAGAUAUCAGAACCAAUCUCAUUCGUGUUGGCGGUCGCCUACGACAAAUCAGUCAACUAGACGAGGAUACCAUUCACCCCAUUGUCCUUGAUCCACAUCACCCGCUCACCAAACUAAUUAUCAAAGACUAUGAUGACUGUUUACAUCACCCUGGACCAGAGAGGGUGUUUGCGGAGCUCAGGAGAAAAUACUGGGUAUUAAGAGGACGAGCAGCAGUUAAACACCACCAACGCCAAUGCGCUGAAUGCCAAAAAUGGCGGGCUAAACCGCAUCCCCCCAGGAUGGCAGACCUCCCACCUGCCAGGUUAAGAAUUCACCAGCCAGUUUUCUAUUCAACAGGUAUAGAUUGCUUUGGUCCCUAUCUCAUAAAGUUUGGACGCCGAAAUGAGAAGCGUUGGGGGAUCAUCUUCAAGUGUAUGACCACCCGUGCAGUGCAUAUUGAUCUCCUCACAAGUAUGGACAGUGACUCAUUCCUGAUGGCCCUUCGUCGCUUCAUUGCACGACGAGGGAAACCCUUCGAAAUCCUGUCAGAUCAGGGAACGAAUUUCAAAGGUGGUGAAAGGGAACUUCGGGAUGCCUACACUGCUCUUCAACCUGAGCUCCAAGCUCAACUGGCAAGCCAGCAAAUUAGGUUUACAUUCAAUCCACCUAAUGCCCCACAUUUUGGUGGAUGCUGGGAACGGGAAAUUCGAUCCUUGAAAACAGCCCUACAAGUGACACUCGGAGCACAGACAGUCACUGAAGAAGUAUUGCGGACUGUUCUCAUUGAAAUUGAGGGGAUCCUCAAUGCCAAACCUCUUGGUUACAUAUCUUCAGACAUUGCUGACCCUGACCCGGUUACACCCAACAUUCUGCUGAUGGGGCGGCGGGAUGCCUCACUUCCCCAAGUGACAUACCAGGAUUCUGAGCUUCUGAGUCGACGGAGAUGGAGGCAUAGUCAGCUGUUAGCUGAUCACUUUUGGAGGCAAUUCAUCCGUAACUACCUACCCAGCCUUCAAACCAGACAGAAAUGGAUAUCAGAAACAGACAACCUACAGAUAGGUGAAACUGUUAUGAUUGUGGAUCCACAGCUACCUCGUGCACUUUGGCCUGUUGGAAGGAUUGUUCAAGUUUUCCCUGGGAAGGAUAACAGAGUCAGAUCAGCUGAGAUCAAAGUGAAAGACCGAACUUACCUAAGGCCAGUGACCAAGAUCAUCUGUCUACCUCCUUUGGCUGAAUGACAUUGCAAUACUUAGUAAGGCCCUUGUUGUUCAAAUUCACCUUGUGAAUUUGGGGGCGGCUGUAAAAAAGGCCACCCCUUGAAAGUGAAUUCUUCCGAACCCUCCCGCCUGUGUUCGUGAUUUGGACUGUUCCUAAUCUUUCCGCGGAGUGAGAACCAAGACAUUAUAGAGGCUGGAUGUGUUGAUAUGUUUAUAGUUAAUAUUUCAUAGUUAAAUUAGUUAGAAGUGGCCCGUUUAAGGAUUGUGUGGAUAUAUGUGUGCGUGCAACUAAUCGUAAGUACAUUUACAUAAUUAAAUGUAUGAUAAGUUCACAAGCGAGAUUAAUGACCGCUGCCCUGGCAUUCCGCCUAAAUGUUUACAUUGUUUAUUAUAUUUGCACAUUUUCUUGUUGACAAAAUGUUAUAUUUCGCCUGUGUUUUUGUUUGAUAGAAUAUUUAAUGUUAUUGCAUAUUAGGCUAUAAUGCAUAGACUUAAGACGCAUCUCAGGGAACAUGUUCGGGCUUGUUCACCGGACGAGCUAGGCACGUGAGCUAGACGCACAGUGCAGUAGUGCGAUCAUUUAAUAGAACUUUGAGUUGUGUUUGUAUAUAUAUAUAUAUAUAUAUAUAUAUAUAUAUAUUAUAUUUAGAUAAUUUACAAUGCUGUUACUUAUGAGUAUUUAAGUACUGCUGUAAAGAUCUGUUAAUGUGUAUUUAUUCAUUUAUUCAUAUUUGUAUACUGUUUUAUAUUUACAGAACCACACACAUCUUUGCACAAUAAAUCACCCUGAAGUACAUUCCUGGUGUGAGACCUAAUGUUCUGACCGGACACCCUGUAGCCGUUCUAUAAAUCCGAACCUGAGUUAGACAAGAGUAGUCAGCAGUUU